AGUAACAGUUUAUCGUGAUGAAGUGAAGUGUAUAUGUAAAUUAGAAUUUCAAUUGUCGAGUCUAUGAAUUUAUGCUAUAAAGACUUGUUUGCGAGGGCGUUAAUCAUUUAGAAAGAAACAGCCGGGCGACGCAAGUCACUGUUAUCCUGUUGAAGAAAGAUAUAGACUAACAGUACCAGGAGCUGACCGAAUGAGUAAGGGGAGCAAAGAGCAAGACAGGAAAAAAAAUCACUUAACCUCUUCCUACAAGCUAUAGCGUACUUCACACGAUAACGUCAUUGGAGUUAUCAACUCCGAAGCAUUUCUUUCUAACCGUACACCUACCAAAGAGUUUCCGUAUCCAGGUCGAAAGGUUGUUGAUUUAUAACCGUGGGAGCUACAUAAGGAUCUCAGUCCAUCUGCGAGGUUCGAUCACAUAAAUUGGCAACAUAUCUUCCCCAGAACGGAGACAUUUAAAAGAAACACCUCACACUGUUUCCAACCGUAGACUGAGCCUACCAGAUAAAGACAGGAGUAAUCUGAAAUUAUUAAUAUAUCUUUCCCAGAACGGAGACAUUUAAAAGAAACAGCUCACACUGUUUCCAACCGUAGACUGAGCCUACCAGAUAAAGACAGGAGUAAUCUGAAAUAUUCAGCUUUGUUUAUUGACAUUUAUCAUAGAUAAUUAGAGAUAUCACUGAAGACAUCAACUCAAAGUGUGCUGUCAUUUUCAUUUUCCCAAUCCAGAUGAAAUGGUUGAAUUACAACCGGAGUAUGUUGUUCCCCGCCCCAAAUCUAGUUUGAUUAGAGGAGACGACCUCUAAAAAACUAAAACAGAGGCCUGUACCAGCUCCGAGGCCAAAACCACUUUUGAGAUCAACCGAAACUAAAGGGAAACUUCCACUAAAAACCGAUGAUGCUGUUAAGAUAAUUAGAAAUGACUCCGUGACAAACAUAUGUCAUAUAUCGUCUGUAAACUCUGGCUCUAAUGAAGCUUACAUGCAAGAGGAAGAUUGAUCAUAUCAAACAGAAUAUCAGGUAACAUGUUCUGUAGAACAAGGGGAGGUAACUAAUAAAGGUGAAACAUAUUGAAGGCUACAUACACAAAUAUCCGAACACAAAAACCGAACAGAAUGUAGACCUAAUGCGUCGAUCGAAAAAUUGAAAUUGUCAGAAGUGGAUAUUGAUGUAGACUGUUCAAAUACUGCUCCCUGUAGGACAAGCCGCGUAUUUACAACAAAACGUGAAGUUGUCCAGGGCUCAGAAUUGAAUCAAGAAAACAUUUCUGUAAACAGAUGGCCACAUAAUACUUUGCCAAGUGUAUCGAUAAAAGAAAAGAUGUCCGUCUCAACACCCGAUUUCUCUGACACAUCCCAGCGCAUCACAGCUUCGAGCGUGCCUUACAAAGAAAUUUCUGCAUAUACAUUGACACCACCGAUCAAAACUGUAGAAAAUGGAGAAUCAACAGUAUCGAAAAAGAGAAUCACGCCGUACGUAAAUUGGACCAAACAUCUACCGAUGCUCCAAAGGGUCGUAAAAACAGAAAAUAAAAAGACAGUAGAAGUAUGUGGAAAUGCGCCGGACACUUCCGGUGACUCUGUACAUGCUUCUAAAAUUACGGCAGACGUUAGUGUGCAGGAGGUCCAGUUUAUAUCUGAAUCUGCAGCAGAUGGCGGGAUAAUUGAAGCUGCAGAAAACCUUCAAACAUUUUCAUCGAAAUCCGGAAAUUCUGAUGAAAUGAUCAAAUCUGGAGAGAUUACUGAUACAACGAAUCCAAAUCCAGACCUUGAAACUUUUACAGAAGAUAUGAUCAAACAUUACGUCACAAAUGGAACUAUGACUACAUAUGAUAAAAUAUCAUCAUUGUGCUACAGCCAUUUGAAACGGCCAAAACAGGAAUGCAAGUCCAGCAAAGGCAUUAAAAGUACAUUUGACCAGAAGAAAACCAAUCCAUGUGAAAACUUGGUCAAAACUUCAAGUUUAUCCGACCACGUGACACAAACUAUUGAUAAUAAUAAGGUAAUCAUGACCUGUGAAAACAUUUCAGGAAACCCUGGCAUCGUGACUACAACAGCCCAAGAAAGUAUUAUACCUGAAUUUACUUCAGAACCAGAUUCCAAAAGCACGCAUACAUUUAUUGCAGAUAAAGUGACUAGUAGCUUGCAAGAAUAUUCUAUUCCAAAAACGGAGCACAAUUUGGGUACCAAGUCCAACACAGAAUACUCUGUUCGUGAAAAACAUAUAACAGUACCAAUACCAGCAAAGAAACAGGUAGUUCCCAAGGAUGCUCAAGAACUAUUGACAAACAGUUUAGGUAAAGAAGCAUGUAAUACCCUACCAGACACCACUGAUGCCUUUGAUGCUGAUAAUGAGUCAUCGUCUUUACAAGGUCCAUCAUCUAAUAUUUCUUACACUUUAAAAAAUGCAUGGCAGAAAGUCCAACCGGUACCUUUACCUAGGAAAAAGGCAAAAUCUAUGUCAAAUAACACAAGUAGCAAAAUAGGAGAAUAUCUGACAAAGACUUAUUCGGAACAAGAAGUCAGCAUCCAAAGAAAUAAUGAAACAAGGGAACGGAAAGAAAUGUCGUUGGGACAUCAAUGUGAAGUUCAAAUACCCAGUCUUGAACCUGGUAUUGAAAGUUCAGCUGCGACAAGUGAAAAACCGUAUACCUCAAUUAAUGUUGAAGUGUCAUCUUCUCAAAUCGCGACGCAAUUCAACCAGUCUGCUUUUGAUAAUCCUCUAUACAUGUAUCUAUCAAAUAUGGUCCAGACAAAAGAACCAAACUGCAAGCACAGUGAAAUCUAUUCUACUUUAGUUGAGGCAUCAUUGCUGGAAAUUCCUCUCAAACGACGUACCCUUAAUUCAAUGGCAACUUCCAAACAACAAGGAAUGCUGACUGCCUCUGGAAAUCUUGAAUUCAAGUCGGAGAGUUAUGGUAACUCAUUAUUGCUUGCUUAUGAGGAAAUUCGGCCAAAGCUUCCUAAAAAACUGAGACAAUCAAACUGUGGAUGCGGUAAUACCAAUCUUGCAUUAAUUGAAACAGAAACUCUGCCAAAACGUCCUCUAAAACAAAGGACACGUCAUUCGAGAGCCAUUACAAAUGAAGGGAUGUGGUCUUCAAAUCCCGUCCUAUCGACAGUCGCUGAAGAAACUCUGCCACCAAAACUGCCAGUAAAACUUCAACGUGUUACUCUUUCCCAUGGUUUACCGGAUACUCACGGUAUCCAUUAUGCACAAAAUACAGCUAUACAAGGCCAUGUGAAAAUUCCUGACGAUGAACAACAAGUGGUGCGGUCCUCUGAUGAAAACAAGACAUCGGGAUACGAUGAAACUAUCCAUCACAAUACUAUCCCCGCCACCACGAUGGAGCUAAAGCCAACCCCAAAACCCCGUAUGAGGAGGUCAAAGAUACCAACUAAAACAGUUAACGAGACUGGACCUCCGCUUCCUCCUAAACUUAACAGUGUGUGUAUGUUGUCACCAGGUGAUCAUUUAUAUAGAACGUCUCAAAAAGAAGUACAGUUACCACUACAUGUAUUGAAAAAGAAAACAGAAGAAAUUAGCCCAUGUAGUCGAGGCCAGACAGAUGACACCUCUAAAUAUUCAAACUAUUUCUUUACAAAGCAGAUGGAGAUCAUUCAAGACAGACAAGCUGCAUCAUCAACAAAGAAAAAUGUUGGAAGCACGUCUUCAUGUGAAAUUCACGGUAACCAGUCAAACACCAAAGAUGACUAUGUGUAUGAUUAUGCAUUUUACAAUAGGAUGUCCGGGUAUCCCGAGGUAGCUGAACUGUGCAUACCAGAAAUAUCACUUGGCCAGGGGGAAAAUGAAGACUUGCAUCAAAAUUCACCAAUUUACGAACAGAUAGAUAAUCCUUUGGAAACACGACAUGAUCAGCAAAAUGAGUCGUCAAAGGAAACUGAUACUAUACAUCAAUCACUUACCUCUGUUAAGGACGAUGACUAUGCGUAUGAUUACGCAGAUUGCAACAGACUUUCCAAAUUAGCUAAAGCCUGCGAAAAUUGGAGCUAUCGAAAACGCUCGCACAAACCCAAAAAGGGGCAAAGAUGUAAACACAAUAACAAACCACAAAACUCGAACGAAUCACAUAAUUCUUGCUCAAGCGGUUCAGGACAUCAUGUGACGUGUUCAUGUGGCAACAGUUCGAAGGGAUCGAAUCAAGCUUGUUCAGGAUAUUCCGAUCACUGUUCAUGUGGUAAUAGCUCGUGUGGAUCGCAUAUGUUUUGCUCGUGCUGUACAGGACAUUGUGCUCCAUGUUCAUGCGGAAAUAGCUCGUGUGGAUCGCAUAAUUUUUGUUCAGGCAGUACAGGACAAUAUGUCGUUUGUUCAUGUGGAAAUAGCUCGUGUGGAUCACACAGUUCUUGCUCAAGCCGUUUAGGACAUCAUGUGGCGUGCUCUUGCGGGAACAGUUCGUUUGGAUCACACAGUUCUUGCUCAAGCCGUUUAGAACAUCAUUUGGCGUGCUCUUGCGGGAACAGUUCAGGUGGAUCACGCAAUUCUUGCUCAAACCGUUUAGAACAUCAUGUGGAAUGCUCUUGUGGUAACAGUUCAGGUGGAUCAGAAAGUUCUUGCUCAAGCCGUUUAGAACAUCAUGUGGAGUGCUCUUGCGGAAACAGUUCAGGUGGAUCACACAGUUCUUGCUCAAGCCGUUUAGGACAUCACGUGGCGUGCUCUUGUGGGAACAGUUCGUGUGGAUCACACAGUUCUUGCUCUAGCUGUUUAGGACAUCAUGUGGCGUGCUCUUGUGGGAACAGUUCGGAUGGAUCAAAUCAAUCUUGUUUUGGACAUCAUGUAACUUGCUCGUGUGGAAACCAUAUGCGCAAGUGGCGCCAUGCAUCUUCAUACCGAGAAAGAAUCUAUGCAGUUUGUUCAUUUCAAAAUGCGUCUAUUGAUCCAAAUCAAACGUGUUCCAACGAAACUUUUUUUUAUAAAGACCAGACAGAAUUGGAUAAGAUUUUCUCCCUGGUGUAUUUCCCUGGGAAUGCCAGAAAGCCGUCUUUGUUAUAGAGUUAAACAAUGGAGCAUGGAUCUGCUCGUUUUAUAGAACUUGUCGUGACGUGAAUAUUAAUAUGAAACAUGUUUUACCUUUUUCAACCUCCCAAUUGAAGGCAUUUUUUUAUCAUGACAGAGAAUAUGAAUCUGAAACAUGUUUUACCUUUUUCACCCUCCCUAAUGACGGCAGUUUAUCAUGACAGCGAAUAUCAAUAUGAAACAUUUUUAACCUUCUUCGCCCUUCCUAAUGAAGGCAUUUUUAUCAUGACAGCGAAUAUUAAUAUGAAACAUGUUUUACCUUCUUCGCCCUCCCUAAUGACAGCAUUUUUAUCAUGACAGCGAAUAUCAAUAUGAAACAUAUUUUACCUUCUUCGCCCUCCCCUAGUGAAGGCAUUUUUAUCAUGACAGCGAAUAUUAAUAUGAAACAUGUUUUUCCUUUUUCGCCCUCCCUAAUGAAGGCAUUUUUAUCAUGACGUCGAAUAUUAAUAUGAAACAUGUUUUACCUUUUUCACCCUCCCUAAUGACGGCAGUUUAUCAUGACAGCGAAUAUCAAUCUGAAACAUUUUUAACCUUC